AUGUCAUUCAAGUUUCUGAUAAAAUCGCUCGUACUCGGAUCACUAAGUGGACAAAUACGUCGUGGUGCGUCGUCAGUGAUCCCCCUUGACAGUGUGCCCUUUGAUGAAGACGGCGCUGAUGAACUUAACAUGGAUAUCAUGCUGUUUGCGUUUGGAACCCUGGUGGUGGUCUAUAUUAUCAUCUGUAUCGUCUAUUUCCUCACGAAGCAAAUUGCUACACGGCUGAUAACAGCGUAUUAUAACGAACACGGUCCUAGUCAAAGAAUAUCUUUGUUCAAUGAUUACGAUGAAAACACGCCCCACGUCCACAGUAGACGGCUCAUGGAAAAUAUGAGUUUAAGAUGGCCCAACAAUUUAGACGAUAUCAAUGAAGUUAAAGACAAGUUGGCACAACUCUCGCCUGAAGAGCAGUUUUAUUAUAAGCAAGGUGAAGAAUAUAUCAAGCAAAAUCCGCCUUUUCUACUCAACCAGGGACUAUUACAGCAGUCUGAGAGUGACAGCCCAGAUACCAAUAGCGAUGACCCGAUCAUGAACGACCAAACAAGACAAUACAUUCAAGAGGAGGGAGCCUACGCUUGGGAAUUCAAACCAAAUCCUGAUAUGCCGAACCAUACUGUCAUCGUGGAAAGCAAAACCGAGGUUUCGUUCCUAAAUUAUAAUUACGAUGCCUCCAUAUCCACAAACUUACCCAUUCCAUGCAUCAAUAAAGUGUACUACUGUGAAUUCAAAAUAUUCGAAACAGAUGGCCCGUUAAACAGUAGCGCCAGUGGUGACAACGCGUCGAGAAAUGUAAUCUCGUUCGGUCUUUCCACUCAGCCUUACCCAUAUUUCAGGUUACCGGGGAGACAUCAUCAUUCGAUAGCGUACGAUUCGAACGGAGCCAGAAGAUUCAACGACUCUUUUAAAUUAAAUGAUCAGUUAAAGACGUUGUUCCCGGCGUGCGAGAAAGGAGACAUUAUUGGCAUCGGCUACAGAUCACACAGUGGAACAGUUUUUUUUACCAGGAACGGGAAGAAACUAAAUGAAAAAUCCGUUGGUGGCCAUAUUCGCGGUUGGAAGUUUAAAUAUCUAUACCCAGUAAUUGGCUCCAAUGUGCCUUGUCAAAUUCACGUAAAUUUCGGUACUUAUGGCUUCGUUUACAUCGAGGCAAACGUUAAGAAGUGGGGGUAUGCAAAAUCAAACGGCAUCAAACUGCCCCCUCCCUCUUACGAAGACUACGGGAAGGACACUCUAUUAGAAAGCGGCGGCGAAGACAAUGAUUUUGACGAUGAUCUUUCAGAUGGCGACAGUGACGCUGCUGCCGCUGCCACCCCCAAUGUCAAUGACGACAUUAUUAUAAGAAACGGUGAAAUCUUACCGCCUCCACCGGGAUUCGAAUUCACCAUGUCACCUCCCACUGGGAAGGAAAUUACCAAUGAGGAGAUUAAUCUGGACUCCUUACCUAUGCAGCCGCCAAGUUAUUCAGAUGAUGAACAUCAUUUGAAGAUAGACAAAAUCUUACCAGUCCGGCGCACUAUUGGAACAAGCAAAACCUUAAUGAAUAAUGAACCGUUUUACGAUAACUCUAAUGAUGAUAACGAAGAAGGUGACGAUCACGAUAAAGAUCGCGAAGGGACUUUUAGAUUUAGUGAUUACGAAAGCAGGAUGCAUGACAUAGAACUCGGCUUUGGCGGCAAUAGCCCGGCUUAA